AUGUCUGCGUCACCCUCGUCCACUACUGCAAUGGCCUCCACGAAAAGACCGUUGGAAGAUCCUUCCUCCCCUUCAGCCCCGACUGACCUACCAGAGGCCAAACGUCCCGCGCUGGACAAGCUAGCCAAAGAUGAGCCUCCCUCUGAUGGAAUAGAAACCUCAUCCAGUACAACCAUCGGUGGCUCUAAGGCUGUCCCAGAACAUGCCUUGCCGCCUAUGCCUGUUACCAAUGGUACGGUAGAGGCCCAAACUGAUGCGCCUGCCCCGGCUGGAACCAAUGGCACUUUGCCUGCACCGCCCUCAGAUGCCCAACCCAUCCUGUCUACAGCAUCCCAGAGUGAACGCGUUGUGCCCGAAACCCAAGGGGGCCCGACACAAGACGAAACGAACUGGAUUCACAUCCGAGCAGUAAUUUCCAGCGCUGAAGCUGCGACUUGUAUCGGCAAGGGCGGAGAGAAUGUUACUCAAAUUCGGAAGUUGUCUGGAGCAAAAUGCACCGUGAGCGACUAUUCACGUGGUGCCGUCGAACGCAUCCUGACUGUGAGUGGUGCGCAGGAUGCUGUGGCCAAGGCUUUUGGCUUGAUUAUUCGGACGCUCAACAAUGAACCUCUUGAGGCCCCAUCUACCGCGCAGUCCAAGACGUACCCACUCCGACUCCUCAUUCCCCACAUCCUCAUAGGCUCCAUCAUUGGCAAAUCUGGUGUCCGGAUCCGCGAGAUCCAAGAAGCUUCUGGUGCUCGUUUAAAUGCUUCUGAUUCAUGUCUACCUCUUUCGACUGAGCGUUCGCUGGUUGUUCUAGGGGUCGCUGAUGCGGUGCAUAUUGCUACUUACUAUGUAGCCGUCACACUUGUUGAACAGCUCACCGAGCGCUUUGGCGGUCCAGCAGCUUCUGCAUAUGCCACAAGAAGUGGAGGUCCUGCUGGCGUUGUACCUGGUGGUAUGCAGGUUGUUCCGUAUGUCCCACAACCGGCUGGUGGUCAAUUCGGUCAUCCGGAAUCAUACAAGAAACACAACACACACCCGCCUCAACGUAUGCCUCCCCAGCCUUAUGGCACACCACAGCUGCCCGGCUCGGCUCAUCCAGCAUAUCCUCAGCAUGCUCAGCCUUAUGCUGCUGCUGUACCCACACCACGUACACCAAGCUAUGGCGGUGCACCCCAGCAUGCAGCGGCUUACGGGCAAAUGCCUCCUCAGCCUGGUCCACAUGGACAGCCCGCCCAGCCUCCACAGGCAAUGCCAGGACAACCUAUCACUCAGCAAAUUUACAUUCCAAAUGAUAUGGUGGGAGCGAUUAUUGGCAAGGGCGGUGCCAAGAUCAACGAGAUCCGACACCUCAGCGGCAGCGUCAUCAAAAUUAAUGAGCCCCAAGACAACAGCAAUGAACGAUUGGUCACCAUCACAGGCACUCAGGAAUGCAACCAGAUGGCAUUAUACAUGCUCUACUCCCGGCUAGGUCAGUAA